GGCGCAGACGCGACUACAUGUCUGUAACUUCUAGCAUUCAGGUGCAGGUGGGACCAUGGACCGAAUAAAUGUGGCCCCUCUGGGCCCCAUGGACCUGCCGCUGUCCCUGCUGGAGAUGGGAUGCUCCGGCAGGUUUGAACUCAUCACACACCCGGUGCCUGGCCAGCCUUUACCUCCACAGACCACGCUCCCGCAUGGGCUUCCUCCCACCAGCCUGAACCUGGAAACUGAAGUAGAGAAACAGUUUUUGCGGGACCCGUCCUGGCUUCCUGUUCACGACACAGACUUUGCCUUUCAGAAAUUUCUCAAAGUGACUCAGAGAAAUGUCCAAGUUGACUCUCUGCUCAAUUGCACUCCGUCUCCACUUCACUCUGGGCUGUCCGUCAUCAGAGAUCCAACCACAGGGAUGCUGCAGGACUUCACUGAGGUGUUACUGGAGAACACUGGCCUUUCAGCAAAAAACUCGCUGUCACUGCAGCGUCAGCCUGGACCCCCUUCAGAGAGUCUCCGAGGAAGCAACACCAAUUUCCCCUUCCGUCCUGGAGGAAUGGAGGAACUCACCCUGGACCAGAUUAAAAAGAAAUCUGAUCUGGAAGAGGAAAUAGACUUUGAGAAUGAUUUUCUGAAAGUCCCCCCGGGACUUAAAGCGGGGAUGGAUUUUACAGAGAAAGAUGCCAAAAUAGCCAAGGCAGAGGUCAACCUUAUGUCCCUCCUGUCUGGACUGGAAGACAUCGCUGAUCUGCAGCCUGAGGCAGAGGAGAAGGAAGGCAGCCAGAAAAAAGAAGAAGCCCCCAAACUCCCCAGAACAAACAGUCUUGAGGACUUGGGCAUCAAGGAUGCUGUGUCAUCCUCGACACCCCCGGAGACGAGAAAAGAGGAGAAAUCAAAGCCAAGUGAGAAUCCAGAGGAAAAAAAGAAAUGGGCCAUUCCUGUUGACAUAACGUCACCCUGCAAUGAUUUCUACAAACGCAUCCCCAACCCAGCGUUCAAGUGGCCCUUUGAGCCGGACGUCUUCCAGAAACAAGCUAUUCUGAGGCUGGAGGCUCACGAGUCUGUGUUUGUAGCUGCACACACGUCAGCGGGCAAAACCGUGGUCGCUGAGUACGCCAUCGCCCUCUCACAGAAACACAUGACAAGGACCGUCUACACCUCUCCCAUCAAGGCUCUGUCCAAUCAGAAGUUUAGAGACUUCAAAAACACCUUUGGAGACGUGGGACUCCUGACAGGUGACGUCCAGCUCAGUCCUGAAUCCUCCUGUCUCGUCAUGACCACUGAGAUCCUCAGAUCUAUGUUGUACAACGGCUCAGAGGUCAUCAGAGACCUGGAGUGGGUGAUCUUCGACGAGGUUCAUUAUAUCAACGAUGCUGAGAGAGGGGUUGUGUGGGAGGAGGUGUUGAUUAUGCUUCCUGAUCACGUCAGUAUCGUUCUUCUUAGCGCCACAACACCAAAUGCGCUGGAGUUCAGCGAGUGGAUCGGUCGUAUUAAGAAGAGACACAUUUAUGUGAUCAGUACAAUGAAGAGGCCUGUGCCAUUGGAACAUUACCUGUACACUGGAAACAGCACCAAAACGCAGAAGGAAAUGUUUCUGCUGAUGGAUGCUACAGGAAACUUCCUCACCAAAGGGUACUACGCUGCCAUUGAUGCCAAGAAAGAGCGCACCAGCAAACAUGCCCAGUCGUUUGGAACCAAACAAACGAAUCAAAACACUUCAGCCAGUCAGGACCGAGCGGUGUGGCUCACCCUCCUGCACUUCCUGUCCAAGCGGCAGCAGACCCCGGUGGUUGCGUUCACCUUCUCCCGGACACGCUGUGACGAGAACGCCCGCUCGCUGGACUCCAUGGAUCUGACCACGUCCAUAGAGAAAGCAGAGAUCCACUCCUUCUUCCAGAAGAGUGUCGGUCGGCUCCGAGGAGGAGACCGACAGCUUCCUCAGAUAGUAAUCAUGAGAGACCUGUUGAAGAGAGGGAUUGCCGUCCAUCACAGUGGCAUCCUGCCCAUCCUGAAGGAGGUCGUGGAGAUGCUGUUCUCACGAGGUCUCGUCAAGGUGCUUUUUGCCACUGAGACGUUUGCGAUGGGGGUGAACAUGCCUGCCAGGACCGUGGUGUUCGACAGCAUCAGGAAACACGACGGCACCGGCUUCAGAAACCUCCUGCCAGGUGAAUAUAUUCAGAUGGCUGGCAGAGCCGGCAGGAGAGGCCUGGACGCCACCGGCACCGUGAUCAUACUGUGCAAGGCCGGCGUUCACGAGAUGGCAGAUCUGCACGUCAUGAUGCUGGGGAAACCUACCGUCCUUCAGUCCCAGUUCAGGCUGACCUACACCAUGAUCCUCAACCUGCUGCGGGUGGAAGCGCUGCGAGUGACGGAUAUGAUGAGGAGAAGCUUCUCUGAAAGCCACAGAAACACUCAGGAGCAUGAGAAGACGAUCACCCAGCUGAAGAAGGCGCUGUCCUCUCUCCCGCCCCUGGACACGGACGGCCAGCUAUCCGACCUGCUGCCUUACUACCACACGGUGACGGAGCUGCGGACCACCACAGACGCCCUGCAGCAAGCCGUCCUGGAGUCCGUUAAUGGACUUAAAGCUCUGUCUGUGGGUCGAGUCGUGGUGGUGAACAACAAGCAGCAUCUCAACGCCUUGGGAGUCAUCCUGCAGGUGUCCAGUGACGCGGUAAAUCGCACCUUUACAGCACUUAUUAUCUGUGAGAAAGGCAAUGAGGAAGGGGAAGGAAAGGGCAAUGAAAGCGUUGGUUUCCUGCACCUCUACAACAAAGCUCUGUUCAUACCUGAAGGCUCCUGUAGCCACACCGUGCAGAAGUUAAAUCUUCAGGACAUCACAGCCAUCACAGUGAAAACCCUCAAAGUGAUUCCUGAAAGAAUCAUCGACAACUACAACAAGCGACAGCAACCUCGAUUCAAGCUUGACCCUCCCGGCCAGGCCAUCUCCACGGCAACGCAGGAGCUGCUGCGAUUGGCCGAGGCCAACCCCGACGGCAUGGCCAGCCUGGACCCCGUCAACGACCUCCAGCUGAAGAGCAUAGACGUGGUGGAGGGAUCCAUGAGGCUCCGGGUCCUACACGACAGCCUGCAGACGUUCACCUGCACACACUCGCCCACCUUUGCUGAACAAUUUGCUCGGGUUAAAGAGAGGAUGAGUGUGCAGGAGGAGCUGGACCGGCUGCUCUUCCUGGUGUCGGACCAGUCCCUGACUCUGCUGCUGGAAUAUCACCAGAGGAUCAAGGUCCUGCAGUCCCUGCAGUACAUCGACAGCGGCGGAGCGGUGCAGCUCAAGGGCCGGGUAGCGUGUCAGAUCAGCAGCCACGAGCUGCUGCUGACCGAGCUGCUGUUUGAGAACGUCCUGAGCCCGCUGGCACCCGAGGAGAGCGCCGCUCUGCUGUCCUGUCUGAUCUUCAGUCAGAACACACAGGUGGAGCCGCACAUUACCAACACGCUGCAGGAGGGCAUCGAUCGGGUUCUGUCGGUGGCUAAGCGCAUCGGAGAGCUGCAGCGAGAGUGUGGGAUCCCCCAGACGACGGAGGAGUUUGUCGGCCAGCUAAAGUUUGGCCUGACGGAGGUCGUCUACUGCUGGGCCAGAGGGAUGCCGUUUGCAGAGAUCGCCCAGCUGACGGACGUGCAGGAAGGCACGGUGGUGCGCUGCAUCCAGCGCCUGGACGAAGUGCUGAAGGAGGUGCGGCAGGCCGCCCGCAUCGUGGGGGACUCCGUCCUCGGCAGCAAGAUGGAGAAGGCCUCCCUGGCCAUCCGCAGGGACAUCGUCUUCACCGCCUCCCUCUACACCCACUGAGUCAAGCACGGCGGGGACACAGGACGAGGAAGGGGGGACGCCGGGGAACAUGAGAGCAAAUGUUUCUCUGUGUAAAAGGUGUGAGAUAGCUGCAGGUACUCUGUGUGGGGGAGGUGAAGACAGGGUGUGUUUAGUUGCUGCAUGUGCCUACAAAACACAACGUUUACAUGAACAUUCUGGAGCGUGAGGAAAGGAUUAUUUUAAUCAACAGACCAAAGUACAGAUUUGGAGAAAGAUCAUGAAACCAGAACUGUAAUUUAUUGUACAGUAACAAUAA